UUGCAAUACAUAAAACGAUGCAGGAAGGCGGUGCUAAUGAGAGCGGCUCAGCAGCCAUCGAGGAGCUGAAGCCAGAGCCGGGAUCGAGUGACACGAGUAGUGAACCACCCCCAGAGGCUGCAAAGAUGGUGUUGAUCGUGGGAACCCUGGAAGAAUUUUCCACGCAUUUGAAAACUGCUGACCAAAAGCUCAUAGUCGUAGACUUCAGUGCCACAUGGUGUGGGCCAUGCAAAGUGAUCAAGCCCUUCUUCCAUAGUCUUCAAGAAAAAUAUCCAAAUGUGAUCUUUCUGGAAGUUGAUGUGGAUGACGCUCAGGAGGUUGCCACAUACUGUGAUGUGAAGUGCAUGCCAACAUUCCAGUUCUACAAGAAUAAUGAAAAGGUGCAUGAAUUCUCUGGAGCAAACAAAGAGAAGCUGGAAGAAACCAUUAAGAACCUAAUGUAACCCUAGAUUGUGGAUUCAUGAAAUGCUGACUGUUAAAUUAUAGCCUUUUCUACAUAACAAAUUGAUCAAAUUAGAAUAUGUAUCCAAAUACACUUUGACCUGUCAGACUGUAAAUGAAAAAAAUAAAGAUGUAUGUAUAAACGGC